AUGGAUCCAUCGAAUCUGGCUCGUCAUCUUGACCCCCAGGAGCAGAAUAUCCUGGAGCACGAGGCGUCUUUGACCUUCCGGAUAGGUCAAUGGGUGAUACCCUCGUGGAGACGAUUCAACCUCGCCUCCUUCACUUCUCUUGCUACAUGCCAUGUUCACUAUCGCUUCAAGGCCUUGUUCAUCUGGAAGUCAGGACACUGGGGGUCGUCUCCACAGAGUUUUUACAAGAAGGCAAAAGCCUUGUACGAUGCAGGCUACGAACAAGGUCCAAUCCCGCUCAUGCAGUCAACGCUAUUGCUAGGCCUAAACUGGGAGGGGCCCGAAGAUAUCACUGAGAAUGGUCUAUUCUACUGGACCCGUUUGAGUAUUGCUCUAGCCCAGGCCCAAGGGCUGCACCUUAGGUUAGAAACUCUCAACGUGCUUCCUACCUAG